GCUCAGUCAGUCCAACCUGAAGAGAAGGCGAGUCCACGGCUAAAAAUAUAAUAGCUAACACAAGAUGGCCGGUUUGCCUCGUAGGAUUAUAAAGGAGACACAGCGGUUGAUGGCGGAGCCUGUUCCAGGGAUCACGGCUACGCCUGAUGAAGGGAAUGCACGUUACUUCCAUGUGGUCAUUGCGGGGCCUCAAGACUCUCCUUUUGAAGGAGGCACAUUUAAACUUGAACUAUUUCUUCCAGAAGAGUAUCCCAUGGCAGCUCCCAAAGUGCGAUUCAUGACCAAAAUCUACCACCCCAAUGUUGACAAACUGGGAAGAAUAUGUUUAGACAUUUUGAAAGAUAAGUGGUCUCCAGCCCUGCAGAUCCGUACAGUGUUGCUAUCUAUCCAGGCGUUAUUAAGUGCUCCCAAUCCAGAUGAUCCCCUGGCAAACGACGUUGCAGAGCAGUGGAAGAAAAACGAAAGCCAUGCCAUUGAGACAGCCCGAACAUGGACCAGGCUCUACGCGGGCAACACUGAAGUAUAGAAGAAGAGAGACGAGGCGUCUGAAUGUGAUCCACAAAAUGUACUCCUAUUCUGUCAACAUUUGAAUUUAACGGACACAAAAAAAAAAAAAAAAAAAGAAAAAAAAAAAAAGAUUAUAAGUCCAAAUCUAUUUGAAAGAAAUGACAAGAUUUACUGCUGCAGACCUCUGGGUGACUUAUUUUCCUCUCUAAGACGCGUUAAAUGUGUGUUAGUCUUUUUUUUUUUUUUUUUUUUUUUUUUUCUUCCUGUGUUGCUAUUUAAAUGCAUGGACAGAGAAUGACACCCUCCCCACUACAGUCUUAAAAUAACAUGCAAUAUGUUGUCCUGAACGAGGCACAUACUGGUACGUUUGCAAAAUAUACAUUAAAGCUGCCCUUCUUUUAACACAUGCAUCAUUUGUCAACACAUCUGUAUGUCUUCUUGUGAGAGAGAUGACAGGUUUUGUUAUUUCAACACACAGAGAAUGUAGAGGUGUCUCCUCCCCACCACUAGUAGUAAACAGACAAAAAAAAAUACAAACAUGAAUGAUGACGUUUCCCUUUACUCUUUCUAGGGAAUACAAUGAGUUUUUGGGCAGUAAGCCUGUAUAUUCAACAAAAAGGUUAGUUGAAUUUCCACACCUGUGUAUCUGUGCAUACCAGCACUUCACGUCACUGAAUAUUAAUUGGUGGUGCAGCUACUGUAGUUCAGCAUCAUCUUGUGGGGCACUUAAUACUGAACACAGGCGAAACUUACUACAAUAUUUUCACCACACAACAAAGGUUAUCUUACUUGUAGGAUUGGACAUAAAAACAACAGAAAAUACAUCAUGAAACUGUUGUUCAGUCCUAUGUAAACUGUAACUUAAACUGUAACAGUUGAAAUACUAGUCACAUUUUUAAGAAGCUGCAAUUAGAGAGACCUGCUCAACUGAAAAAUAACAAACGGUAGAGGUGUUUUCUUCCACGGAUGGGUCAUAAAUUUGAAGACGCCCCAAAGGUUGCUGUAUACCUGCCAAAUUUACUGGCACAGAAUAGACAGUACUUUACAGCCAACAUUUAAAAGCAUUUAGUCCAUGGUUAGAGUGAAUUUGUGACCCCAACAGAUGUAAUUUUAGCUAUUUUCAUUAUUUACAUUUUAACAUUGGUCUGAGGUUGAUAGAAAAGACAGAUUAUUGCCGGAGCCCAAUAAACUGAGGAUUGUGCGUAAAAUGAUCCAAAAUCUGCCCGUUUAUAAAUGUAAGAUUUUGUUCCUCCAAAGUCAUGUCCAGCAGUCUGUUUGGCAGUAUUAUGAAAUGUUGCCACAUGUUAAAAAGUCCCCAGAAACUGUGGAUGUAAUUUUUAUUUCAUAGUUUUUUUUUUGUUUGUUUUUUUUUUUGUUUUUUUUUUUUCCCCCAGUGAUCAGUUUUCUCAUAUCUGUACAAGUUCAGUCUUUACAACACCUGGUGGACAGUUUGGGGAGGGUGAGCCAAUCACUUCCACACACUUAAAAAGAAGCCAUUCCCAACACAUCCAGAGAGGUAGCAGGUGAAGAUGUGUUGAAAACGUCGUCUUUUUUUUUAAGAGUGUAGGAACCUGAGCUGUUUUUAUUUUUCUUUUUUUUAAUGUCUGUCCAUGCUAUCUAUGUUGCCUGUUCUCUAUUUUAUUUUCAGUGUUAAUUAAAAAAAAAAAAGGCAUGUACCGUCACCAAACUGAUAUCAGGACAGUUAAAACUAGUUUUCUUCAGGGGUGUUUGUGAGAGUUGAGGUGCUUUCUUUAAAGGGAUAGUUGAGGCUUUUUUGAAGGUCUUGUCGUCAAUCACAAAGUUGUUUUUCACCGUGACUUUCCUGAGUUGGUCUUAACCUGCUUUUGCUCUUUCCAUGAUACUGAUCUGUGAUGAUUAUGCAAGUGAAUUGAAUUGAAUCCGGAGGGAAGAUUGGGUCUUUGUGGGAGAAGAAAAAGUGAUAUUACAAAUAAAAAAGUAUUCAAGAUUAAAGGUCUUCAUCUUGCUGUUACAAAUUUUCUAUUGGCUAGUCCCUCAAAAGUGCAUACAUGAAAUCUUACGACAAAAUUCUCUGUUGAGAUUUGUUCUUGACCCGUAGAAAGGCUUUCUAAAAAAUCCUUAAACUUUCCUUUUAAAAGAUAAUGUAUUAAUGGGUUAGAGCGAUCAGUGUGACCUGUCGUCCAGUAACUUAGACCCUCCAUGAUCAUAUUGCUUCUGUAUGGCUCAUCUGAGGGAGGACUGUAACGUUAUGUUGUAGUAAAACUAUUUUUGUUAAGCGUUCUCUUUUUGGUUGAUCUCUUUUCUUGCCCUUUAUUGGAAUAUCGCCGGCUUGGUGUUGCUUAGAUUUAUCUGUGUCCUGUCCUCACGCAGAAAUAUUAACUGUUUCUAACCGCUGCAUUUACUCAAGUCUGGAAGACUGAGCACGGCUUAAAACCGGGUUAAUUUAUUGUUUCCCUGAGGAACUUGACAGCAAUCUAAAACAAGAAACAGUCACUCACUGGAUUUUUGAAGCAUCUAGAUCAAAAUAUAAAGAGAUCAAACUCUGAUUAAUCAGCUCCCCAUGUGUAAAGGAAAAGAGUUCUGUCGGUAAUUUCAGUACAUUUGCAUACAUGGCUCUUCAAAUACUCUGUAAAUAAACUGAGUUGAGUAAGUAAGUAAA